GACAUCCCCACUGCCUCGCCAAUUAACACUGGCUGGGCGAUUACGCCAGCAAGUAGAACCAUUAGAGACCAACUUCUGACCCAAGAAAACCAGGAGCUUGUGGUAAAAGCCCUGGGCGGAGAUACAAUCAGGGUCCCAGAACACUGGAUCAACUACGCUGUACAAGGAGUACCCAGCUCGUUCCGGACUCUAGACGGCACUGAACUACCUACUACCACCCAGCUGGUUGAGGAAGAGGUCCGCUCGCAAACAGGCAAGCAGCCAGUUAGCUGCAGAACCUCCCGACACGGGGCCAACCAGAAUGGCUUGACUACCUGGAUCAUAUCAUACAAGGAGCCAGUCCGCUUGUUCCGGCUCUUUGGCACCAGCCAACUCUCUAAAGAAAUCCACAAACACCCUACUAUACAGCGACACGACCCAGGCUGCCAACAAUACUGCAACGCUGCCCGCUGUACUCGGCUAGCCCGCUGUGUGCACUGCGGAGAUCGCACAGAUAGACACCAAGGGCUCUAUGGGGACGACUGUCCUCAUAAAGCCAAGUGCACCAACUGCCAUGGCCCACACCCGGCCAGUCACUCCAACUGCCCCGCUGCCCCUCGCCGGGUGCAUGGACACAUAAUCAAGCCCACCAAGACUGAACUAAACGCUAUCUAUCGCGCAGGCAGAGCAACAUACCAGCACCUCUACAGGACGGUAGAAGAGACGCUUAACCAGGCAACGCCGCAGCAUGAGGAGACCCUUAAUCAGGCAUCGCCUCAGCAUGAAGAUACCCCCCUAGAGGCCGCGCAGGAGAUAGCGGCCCCCCACCCUCCUCCACGGGGGCGGGCACUAGAAGAGGAUAGCAGGGCAGCUCCAACUGGAACAAGCAGCGCCUCUCAAGCAUCCUUGCCCACCACUAGUAGAGAAAAGAGACCAAGACGGGCCGCUGCAGGCCGUACGAACCUGAAUGUAAGGGACAUGUCAGCCAACAGUCUGCUCCCACGACCAACCAUCUACACUGAUCCCUUAACCUCCGAGAGGGAGGACAUCAGCAUAAGCAAUCAGUCACUAUCUACAUGUUAG